AUGUCGCCGCAAACGCCCGUCCAAAAGAACAAAUCUAAGGAUUUCUAUGAUCUCAUCCGUCGCAUCGGGGAGUGUAAGAGCAAAACGGACGAAGAUGCGAUCAUGCAACGCGAGUCCAUGUUACUUCGAGCGCUCUUGGAGCAACCAAAGGUUGAUAAGCACAAGAUUAAGGAGAUCAUGCUCCGUUUGAUGUAUCUGGACAUGCUGGGACACGACGUGUCGUUCGGACAUAUACACGCGGUUAAGGCGUGCGUUGAGCCGGAGGUGGCGAUAAAGCGCGCCGGAUACCUGGCAACGACGUCAUUUUUGAACGAGACGCACGAUUUGAUGAUUUUGAUCGUAAACACAGUGCAGCGAGACCUGAAGAGCGACGACUAUUUAGUGGUGUGCUCGGCGUUGACGGCCAUCAUGCAGUUGGUGAACGAUGAGACGGUUCCUGCGGUGUUGCCACAGGUGACCGAGUUGUUGAUGCACCCGGUCGCGCACGUGAGGAAGAAGGCGGUCAUGGCGCUGAUGCGGUUUCAUCAAAAGAGUCCGCAGAGCGUGAGUCACAUGCACGGGAAGUUUCGGGAGAUGAUUUGCGAUAAGGAUCCAAGCGUGAUGUCCGCCGCGGUGUGCGCACUGCACGAUUUGAUCGCUUUAAAUCCAGAGCUGCACAAGAAUUUGACGUCGAGCUUCGUGAGCGUGCUAAAGCAGAUUAUUGACCGGAGACUGGCUAAAUCGUACGAUUAUCACAAGGUGCCGGCGCCGUUUGUGCAGAUCAAACUUUUAAAGACGUUGGCUAUUCUUGGUGCGCAUGAUAGAGAGACUAGCAAAGAGAUGUACAGCGUGCUCGAGGACACGCUCGCGAGAUCGGACACGAAGAAUCAGAUCGGGAACGCGCUCGUGUAUGAGACGGUGAGAACCAUCGCAAGCAUAUAUCCGAGUCCCCAGUUGUUGGCUCAGUGCGCGCUCGUCGUCUCUCGGUUCAUAAAAAGCUCAAACAACAACUUGAAGUAUAUCGGACUUAACGCCUUGGCUUGCAUCGUGAACGUGAACGCGCAGUACGCGGCGGAGCACCAAAUGGCGGUGGUGGACUGUUUGGAAGACUCAGAUGAGGCUCUACGGAAAAAGACGCUCGAUUUGCUGUACAAGAUGACAAAACCGAAUAACGUGGAGGUGAUCGUCGAGCGCAUGUUGGCAUUUCUGAAGCGCGACGGUGAUAAGUACAGCGAGCAGUACGUCCGCGAGGAGACUGCCUCACGCGUGGCCGAGUUGUCAGAGAGGUACGCCCCGGACGCCAAGUGGUACGUCGAAACGAUGACGGAGCUCUUCGUCGUCGCAGGUGAUGUGGUGAGACCUUCCAUCGCUCAAGGUCUCAUGCGUCUCAUCGCCGAGGGCACGGGCGACCCCGCCGCGGACGAACUUGCGCAAAAAUCUGCUGUCAACGCUUUCCUCAAGUUGUUCAACAAGCCCAAGCUACCGCUCGUGCUCUUGGAGACGAUGGCUUUCGUCAUGGGCGAAUUCGGCGAGCUUACGGGACAGAGCGCAAAAGUACUUAUGGAUACGCUUGUCGACGCGGCGGAAGGUCAGGCGGAGGGCGCGGAUGUUGAAACGUUAAUUUUGAGUGCUCUGGCGAAAAUUGCGAGACGAAACGGCGGAGGUCUAAGCGACAAGGCUCGGCAUUUCGUCGAAAUGAAUAUGAAAAGUAAGUGUGUUGAGAAACAACAACGCGCGACAGAGAUAGCUGUGCUCAUCGCCGAGGGAGAACCGAUCCUUUCGAGCGUCGUUCAAGCCUCUGCAGCUGAAGUUGAUGUGGACGCCUCGCUGAGUUCGUUGAAUCAGUACGUCUCAAAUGCUCUCGCGAAUGGGUCAAAGCCGUAUCAGGAUAAGGUAUCGAGAGAUGCGGCGGCAGCGGUUGAGGCCGAGGCGCGGGCCAGAGCGGUGGAAUCUCGCGUCAAGGCUAAUGCGAGUGUGGUGCGCAGCUCGACUCCUCCGACGUUUGAGCGCAAGCAAUUGCACGAGCCCGCGCCAACUUCUCCGGCUUCGUCCACGGCGCCGUCGGCGCAGAAAAAUGAUCUGGACACUUUCCUCAGUGGUGGUCUCCAGGCACACGCGAUAUCUGCGACGGAACAGCCAUCGCGGGCUCGCGAUCAACCAACCGAAGUGCACGUUGACGAGAUGAAGUUGAAGCUCGCCGACGCCUUGUUUGGAGAUUCACGUCCCUCAACUCGCAGUAAAGAGCCGGCGAAUGCGUUCACACCACCUCCGAGAGGAGCACCGACGAUGCGCGGGAGCACGACGGCGCCAUCCGCUACGUUCGAUCUCCUCUCAGAGCUCGCCGCUCCCUCAGCAAAUGCGCCGCCGCCGCCACCGGCGCAGUCAUCCGGGGACGUCUUCUCGCAGAUUGACUUGAUGUCGCUGACGCCGCCUAAGCAGGCACCACCAUCGACGACGUCGCCGACGGAUGCGAAUCGCUCGCUCUCGGGCGGCGUCGCUAAGGGUGGGGGAUCGAAAGAUCCCUUUGCGGAUCUCUUCGCAAAAUAG